ACAACAAGUAGCGCAUUAUAAGCCUAAACCGCCAAAGUAUUUUGUUGAAGACCCUCAAAUUGGUGAUUACCCAAAUUUACCCGUUGAAUCAAAGUUAGAUAGACCUGCAUUAGGUUGGUGGGAUCUACAAAAUAGGAGAAAUUAUGGUGAGACGCUUCAUGAAGAAGAGGAGGCAUUAAGUGUGUGGGGCUUCGAUGUUUAUGAUUACGAUGCUUCUACGUCUUUAAGGCAACUCUUCAUAUUUUUCUCUGGAAUUGGCGUUCUAUCAUAUAUUAUUGCGAAGAAUAUGCCAGAAAGGCCUGCCCUGCCAAAAACUUUUCCUUACGAUAACAUGAGAGAAGAAUUAAGAAAAUUAGAUGACUUAGAAGAUGGGGGUCCAUCACCACAUGUAUGA